CAAGUUUUUGAACCAGCUGCAAGAUAAUAUAAGAAAAUUAACUCUUUGUCAAAAACGUUUCUUUUAUAUAUUUUUUUUAUUUUCAUAAAUUUACAGUAAAAUUACGACCCUGCCAAAUCUAUUACUUAUUUUCUGUUAGCUAUUACAUCUGUCAACUGUCACACGUUCCUAUUGCGAUCGAGUGAGUGAAACAGCGAUAGUCCACCAACAAAUUCUAUUUUACUUCAUAUUUCUAUCAGCUCGCUGUGAAAGAUUUGUACAAAUCUCUAAAUUCGUGCGAAAUGUCGGGAUAUAUUGCCAGGAAAGGUCCCUUAGUCUUUUCAAAUUUGGGCAAAUGGGCCUAUAACUUGUCUGGUUUCAAUCAAUACGGUCUGCACCGUGAUGAUUGCCUGUAUGAGAAUGAGGACGUGAAAGAAGCUGUACGUCGUCUCCCCCGUAAAUUGUACGAUGAACGUAACUACCGUAUUAUGCGUGCUCUGCAUUUGUCCAUGACAAAAACAUUUUUACCAAAAGAACAAUGGACUAAAUAUGAGGAGGACGUCAAAUACUUGGAACCUUAUUUGAAGGAAGUUAUUAAAGAGCGCGAAGAACGCGAGGAGUGGAAUAAGGACCAUUAAAUGCGUUCUUUAAUCUUAAUCUAUAAAAAUGCGAUUUAUUUAGAGAUGUGUAAAAUAAUGAAAAUAAAUUAUCUAAAAAAUGUAACCAA